UCACGGGGUGAAAAAUGAUGUCUGGGAGGAGUGGUGGGAAGGACAGAUGUCCGCGGGGGCAGUGUGGUGUGGCACCCGUCUCCCUCUGCCCCAGCCUGCUCCAGGCAUUGUGGCAGUGCUGUGCCAGGGGCAGGACAGUGACAAACUCACCCGAAGGUCCAGCAGCAGCAGCAGCAGCCCACCUCACUGAGACUUCUCCUUAUAUAGACCAGCGGGCACGUGCAGCCAAUCCCCAUUGGUCGAGCCAGUCUCCGCCCAGCCAGCCAGCCAAUAGCAGCCCGAUCCCCGCGGCGUGGGCCUGCUCUCCAACGGGCCUCACCAGCACCCUUACAUACAUGAGUGGCAAAUGCACGGUUCUGAACCUGGGGAGGAAUAACCCCAGACUCCAGUGUAGGCUGGGGGCUGACCUGAUGGGAAAGCAGUUCUGUGAAGAAGGACCUGGAUGUCCUGGUGAACAAACUGUCCAUGAGCCAGCACUGAUCCCACGUGGCCACUGCUAUCCUGGGUGCAUUAAGCAGAGCAUUCCCAGCAGGUUGAGGGAGGUGAUUUUCCCCUUCUACUCAGACCUGGUGAGGUCAUGUCUGGAGUGCUGUGUGCAGUUCUGGCCUCCUCAGCACAAGAGAGACAUGGAGCUCCAGCAGAGGGCUACAAAGGUGAUUAAAGGACUGGAGCAUCUCUGUUACAAGGACAGGCUGAGAGAGCUGGGCCUGUUCAGCCUUGAGAAGAGACAGCUGAGAGGGGCCUCAUCAACAUGUCAGUAUCUGAAGGGAGUGUGCCAAGAAAAUGGAACCAAGUGUGGUAGUGCUGAGCGAUGGGACAAGAGGUAAUGGGCAAAAACAGAUUUGUAGCAACUUCUACUUGAAUAUGAGGAAGAAUUUCUUCAAUGUGCAGGCGGUCAUACAUUGGAACAAGUUGCCCAGAGAGGUUGUGGAGUCUCAAACUGGAGAUAU